GUCAAGAAAGAGCUCGGGCCGCUCGGGACAUUCAUGCUCGAGAUCAAGCCUGAUGCCUCAGGAGUCACCUCGCAGCGCGGUCAUGCCACCUCCCUGCAAGGUCAUGGGGUUGCAGCUGCCGUCGGCCUCGGGCCUGACCCAGCGCCAAGCCAUCAUCACCAUCACCAUAGAGGCGGGGACCAUCACCCAUCAGAGCACUGUGACGAACAUGGCUGCGACGACGACUACGGAGGUUACUGGGACGAGGAGUACGGCGGUUACUGGGACGAGAAAGGUCAAUACUGGGAGGAAGGCAUGAAGGGCUAUUGGGAUCCCCAAGGCCAGUACUACCAGGACGAUGAUCAAGACAAGGACACUACCUCGGCAUGGGAG